UGUCCGCUCUGACAGCUCGGUGCUGCGGUGACAGCUGCAGACGUGUCAUCGGCUCUCUCUAAUUGUAUGUUAAGCGUUUUAAUUUAAUACGGCAAAUGAAGCUUUCGUCAUUGGAACAAGAUGAUGUUUUGUCCUAUUUGACUUUUUUUUUUUCUUUGCUAGUUAGUCAGCUCCUUAGCUGACUAACUAGCUUUGCUGAACUAGCAGCUAAGCAGGACUAGCAGCAGGGAACCUCCCAGCACUGUGAUGGCUAGCAUUAGCCACUCUGUCUCACUGUGACAUCAGUUUGGUAACAUCCUAAUACUUCAUUUCUUUUUUUCCCAAACUUCCUUCAAAAAGAAGUGUACUGCCAGUCCUGUUCGGGCUUUCUGCGAUUAACCAGGGCUUCGUGCUUAGUCCCGUUUUCCUUACUGCAAAGCUAGCAUCACUUGUAGCGUGUUGCCUCUUGUUUACAUGUACACCGGUCACCUGGACUGCUCUCUGGGCAUGUGAUGGUUGUAACAAGAAAGGAUGAACUACAGAACAAGCGGGUUGUAAAUAUGGAAAUGGAACUUGGAGGUAGCUAACGCCGGCAUCUUUUCUCUGAGAAGAUGACCUGGAGUCUGAAGGAGGACAGCUGUGCCUGCUCCGCUGUUUGACUUUGUGUGGGCGCUGCACAGAGAACAGGAGUGAGUUUGUUCUUAUUAAAGUUUAUCCUGAUGCAAGACUACAUGAGGAGAACUGGAAAUAAACAGUGCUGGAAAAUGGGCUGUGCUUCGGCCACAAGGAUGAUGUUAAAGACGCUUCUGGUCGUCAGUCUUUUUGGCUGGACAAAAUGUCAAGAAGGCCAGAAUAUGACACCCGAGGAAAAGGUUGUAAUCAGGGACCAGAUUGUUGAAAUGUUUGAUCAUGCUUAUGGCAGUUACAUGAAAUAUGCCUACCCAGCUGAUGAGCUGAUGCCUCUAAGCUGCAGAGGGAGAGUGCGUGGCCAGGAGCCCAACAGAGGGGACAUUGAUGACUCCUUGGGGAAGUUUUCUCUCACUCUGAUUGACACCCUUGAUACCCUGGUGGUGUUAAACAAGCUUGAUGAGUUUGAGGAUGCAGUGAAGAAGACUAUGAGAGAUGUACGUCUCGACAAUGAUGUGGUGGUGUCAGUGUUUGAGACCAAUAUCAGAGUUUUAGGUGGGCUUUUAGGGGCUCAUGUCAUGAGUGACUUGCUACGGCAACGUGGGGAGAGGAUGCAGUGGUAUCGCGAUGAGCUCCUCCAUAUGGCCAAAGAGCUGGGCCAUCGAUUACUGCCCGCCUUUAACACCACAAGUGGCCUUCCCUAUCCGAAGGUGAAUCUGCGGUAUGGUGUCUUAAACCCACUUUCCCGGACAGGCACUGAGUCCGACACUUGCACAGCAUGCGCAGGAACGAUGAUCCUGGAGUUUGCUGCCCUAAGCAGACUGUCAGGAAACUCUGUGUUUGAGGAACACGCAAGGAAAGCUCUGGAUGUCCUCUGGGAGAGGAGACAGAGGGGAAGUGACUUGGUGGGGACUGUCAUCAAUAUCCACAAUGGAGAAUGGGUCCGGAGGGACAGUGGAGUUGGUGCUGGUAUUGAUUCAUACUAUGAAUACCUGAUGAAGGCCUACAUUCUUCUUGGAGACAAUGUGUUUCUGGAGAGGUUCAACGUUCACUACAGUGCCAUUAUGAAGUACAUUAGUCAGCCUCCCCUGCUGCUCAAUGUGCACAUGCACAACCCCACAGUGAGUGUACGGAGCUGGAUGGACUCUCUCCUGGCGUUCUUCCCUGGCUUGCAGGUUUUGAGAGGGGAUCUGAAACCAGCCAUUGAGACUCAUGAAAUGCUUUACCAAGUAACCAAACAGCACAAGUUCCUUCCAGAGGCUUUCACUACAGAGUUCAGAGUUCAUUGGGGUCAACACCUACUGAGACCAGAGUUUGCAGAAAGCACCUACUACCUCUAUAAGGCCACUGGUGAUCCCUACUACCUCAGAGUGGGACAGUCCAUAGUGGAAAAGCUCAAUGCCUAUGCCAGAGUGCCUUGUGGGUUUGCUGCUGUGCAAGAUGUCCGCACAGGGACACAUGAAGACAGGAUGGACUCGUUCUUUCUGGCUGAGAUGUUUAAAUACCUGUACCUGAUGUUUUCGGAGAAGAGCCAGCUGCCUAUUGAUAUUGACGACUACAUUUUCACUACAGAGGCUCACCUCCUGCCUAUAUCUCUCUCCACCACUCAGCCACCUUGUCAAGGCAACAAUACGGAGACUGUUCGUAUUUCUCAAGAAGAAGACCUGUUUACACACUCCUGUCCCAGCACUGAGACGUUAUUCCCUAACAACCCUUCAUUUGCCAAAACCAUCAGGGAUGGCUACAAGUACCUCACUGGGGUGGGACGGGCCUUCCACCCUUUACCCAUCAGGGAAAUUGAACUGCCACUCCAUGAUAAUGGCCUGGAGCCGGUGGAGUUCUUGAAAAGCAUGGGCAUUUCUCUCACACCUCUGAAUGAAGCCAGUACAGGAAACACUGGAAGGCGCAAGGAGCACAAAGGAGUUUACCGCAUAAAACUUGUAGCAGAAGUGAGCCAGGCACCAGAGGAGGAGGUGGUGGUGCCUCAUGUCGUUCAGCUCAUAUCCCCCCCAUUUCUGGGAAGGACAGUCCUCACUGCAGGACCUGCCAAAUUUGGAAUGGACCUCACCAAACAGGAGCAUGGGGUGAAGGGCAGCAUAGUGAAAGCUUCCCCCUACACUGCAUGUGGACCAAUAGAUAAUGCAGUGGACCUAGAAGGCAAUAUCGCUGUGGCACUGAGAGGUGACUGCAUGUUUGCUGCAAAGGCUCGUUGGCUACAGAAGGCAGGAGCUGUAGGAGUAAUUUUUAUAGACCACCGUGAAGGAAGCAACAGUGAGGAAACUCCCCUCUUCCAGAUGGUUGGAGAUGGCGACUCUACCGAAGACAUCACCCUGCCUUUAGUCUUCCUGUUCAGCCGUGAGGGUGCCGUGCUCACAGCUGCCCUGGAGAAACAUCACAACGUGGAUGUGCUGCUGCUGCCCAAAGAGAGGCAGCUCGGGCAUGAUAAAAUGGAGAAACCAAUCAGUAUGAACAUAAAACUCCGCCUGGCAGAGGAGGGGGAGAUGGAGGGAGAAGCAGCUGACGGGCCCACCCUGGAGUUCGUCUUGGAGAAUGAUGAGGUGAUUCUUAAGGAAGUAGGAGAAGAAGAAAUCAGAGGAGAACAGCAGUCAGAACAGCAGCAGUCGUGCACAAAGGAGAGCCACUGGACUGAACCCUGUACGACAGAUUCCUCUCAAAUCCCAGACUCUUAACAUUGGGCCAAACAGAAAUCCAUGAGCUGUGCUGAUCCCGAACUUUGCUACCACUGGCCUCUUGUCAGUUUCUGAAUGGAAUGUGCCUCAGAGCCCUUCACUGCCCUACAGCACAGAGAGCCCUCACUGACACAGCUGGCGUAUUUAUAACUGAUGGAGGUUCAAGCAGGCUGACAACACCUCUUACAUCCUGUCUUGAUGGCUCUAUAUUUACUAGAAGCACAGAUUCUGUUCCGUUAGAGGAAACGGUGGCUGGGGACUGGCUUAUGAUUUUAUGAGACUAAACUUAGUAAUACAAGGCCAAAAAAAGGACACGUUGAUGCUGCCUAAACCUAAACAGAGCCUGUCGUUUUGUUCCUGAGCCACAUACAAAAAACACCCAGGGGAAAACAUAGAUAAGGUUUAUGGUUUGUAUGCAAUGCAGUGCAUUUUUAAUGUAGAUUGCACCUUUUCACUUUAACAAGUACUGUUUAAACAUUCAGUAAAAUAGAAUAUUACCCGGCCAGUAGUUGGUGUUAACUACCAGAACUUCUCAGUAAUAUAAUGUUAGUGAUUGAAGAAGAGGAUGUUGGGCUAAUUUGAAAACUUUAUUUUGUUUCUUACUGGGAAUCAACUUCAGGGAAUUUUAAGAGUGAAUGCAGUUUGCAUUGAAGAAAUGUGUGGUCUGCUUUUUGCUAUUAUGUGAGCAAGUGUGUGUGUGUGUGUGUGGGUGUGUGUGUGUGUGGGUGUGUAAUAACUAUGAAACCCUUGAAGGCAUCUCAGAAACCCUCCCAUCUUUAAAAAGUCAUCCUGCAAGAAAAUCUAGUACGUCUGACCAUCAUGAAUCUUUUAAAGUUCAUUUUUGUAACCUAAAAAUAGCCAUGUGCUUCUGUUGUGAUCACUCACAUUUUCUUAAAAACACUGAUAACAUGAUCAAAGCUGAUUUGAUGAUGAUAUGAUGAUUGUGGCAGACUGUGGGGGGGGGGUCAGCCUAUCAUCAGAUUUGUUUGUGGCUAUUGCAAUAACUCAUUAGGUCAUUUUUCAUUACAUUUUCACUGUGUAAUGAUUCAUUCUCAGCAACUUCCUUUAAAUACAAAAUUUGUUGCAUGGCUACUUUCAGAACACACCAAAUUGUCAUAUUUAGUAACGAGCAGAUUUGUUGAAUUACAGCAGUGUUGUUGCAUCAUCUCAUGACUGAACUCUUUACUGGGAACUUUACGCAUUGUGCAUAGAGACUUGUCGUCUUGUUGGUCAUUACUUAAAUUUACCAAGUGUUGUGCUGGCUCGCACACACUCCUCACGGACUCAUCUGUUUUACAGGCAUCUGUUUUACAAGCAUUACUUUUAUGUGUUAGAACUUUGCACAGAAAUUUACAACACUGCAUAAGUGUUUCAUCCGUUAUUUCACCCUCACUAAUAAUAGUUCAGUAGUUUGCUUGAUUUGUAACUUUUGUGAAAUUAUGAGGUCAUUUGUUGCUUAUCUGACUGUAAAGUGGACCUUUUCCUGAUGCUGCUAAGCUAAUUUAAGGUCUUAAACUGUCAUCAAAUCAUUCUCAUAUUUUUUUUUUUUGUUUUGUUUUGUUUUAUUUAGUCUUUGUAUAAGGCUGUGCCAACCCGUUUACCUCAGGACUGUGUAUGUAAAUGUUCAUGCCGAUAAAAGGAGCAUACACAAAAAAAUGGAUCAUUCUUCCUUUAAUUGAUUUUCAUGCUUUUUAAUAAUAUUUUUCUGCUGUUCUUUGAGGCUUUUAUUGGGCUAUGGCUGAAACUCAUACAGUGCCAAAAGUGAGAUUCUCUGGAUCCACUUUCUGGGACAUGAACUGAGACACAUUUGUCAAUAAAUUGAAAAUUAUAAUAAUAAUUUUUUUAUUACUCUGUAUUUCUUUUUUAUUAGUGGCAGCUAUGGCUUCUUAGAAUCCCUUUUUAAUCAGUGAUAUCUGUGAGGGCAUAGUUUAAAGGAAGUGGUUGCCGUUUGCCUGUAGCUGGUUCUUGCAGUUAAUCAUCCUGAGUAAUCUUUAUGAUACGUUAUUUCUUACUUCAUGAUGACAUUUUUAUCUAGUUAAUGCCUUGUAUUUGUUUUCUCUUUUAAGUAGUUGAAAGCAAUAAAAUGUGUGUACAAAUGUACACAGCUGCAAAUACAA